GAAGUUAUUUACUUCCCUGCGGUACGACCCGAAUUAACUGUCCAGUUCAUUGGAAACCUUAAAGAUUUCAAAGAUAGUGACAUAGAAGAAUGGGUUCAACGAAUAUCCCCUUUCAAAUUCUUGCAUAUCCGUAAAAAACCAGAGGAACUCAUGUUCAGUUCUCCAUCAUUCCCACAAUGA